AUGACCGGGCUACUUCCUCAUCCCUUUGACCCCAUCACUCCUGCGGAGAUCCAGUUGGCUACCAAGAUCCUCCAGGCGGCAUUCCCCAGAGUGAAUCUUCGAUACAAGAAAAUUGAUAUCCAGGAGCCACCGAAGAAAGAUGUUGUUCCUUUCGUUGAAGCAGAGAGACUAGGGAAACCCCUCCCACCUCGACCCGCACGUCUGCUUCAAGUGAUGUUCCACCGGUUGGACACUGGUGCCUUUUACAGGGCUUUGUUGAAUGCUGGAUCACGAUCUGUCAUCUCUGCGAAGGAGCUACCAAAGGAAAUUCAGGGCCCCGUCGAUAUCGACGAGAUGGGUGAGAUCGAGCAGCUGUGUCUCAAUCACCCCGUCGUCCAGGAGGAAGUAGCCAAGAUGCAGCUCCCGGCGGGAAUGACUGUCUGCAACGAUCCAUGGAUUUACGGAACUGAUGAUCCCAAGGAGAAUCGUCGUUUGUUUCAAUGUUACAUGUACAUUGUUGCCACAGACCACCCCCAAAACAAUCAUUAUUCAUUACCCUGCAAAUUCUCUCCCGUAUUUGACGGCAUCACUCGCGAACUGGUCCGCAUUGACUAUCUCCCCGGCGGAGCCGAUGCGCAGUCCACUGAGACUCAGCCAUGGAAGCCAGUGGAGAGCAUCCAAUACGCGCAUGACCUUCUGCAGGAGCCGCUGCGGACUGAUCUCAAGCCAUACCUUGUCCAGCAGCCAGAGGGUCCUUCAUUCAAAGUCCAAGAUAAUCUGGUUUCUUGGCAAAAAUGGAGAUUCCGCGUGGGAUUUAACAGCCGGGAAGGUCUUGUCAUCCAUAAUCUCACGUACGAUGGGCGAAACGUGUUUUACAGACUGUCCGUGUCAGAGAUGACGGUGCCAUAUGGUGACCCCCGUGCACCAUUCCACCGCAAGCAGGCAUUCGACGUCGGUGACGUCGGCUUCGGUAUCACGGCAAACCAGCUCUCUCUCGGCUGCGACUGUCUCGGCCAUAUCAAGUAUUUCGACGGCUACCGGGCCGAUGCGAAAGGCAACCCUGUUCUGCUGAAGAACGUGAUCUGUCUACACGAGCAAGAUAACGGUCUGCAGCACAAACACACUAAUUACCGCUCCGGCGCCGCAACAGUGGUGCGCAAUCGCCAGCUAGUCGCACAGAUGAUCUGCACCGUCGCCAACUACGAAUACAUUUUCGCGUUUAUUUUCGACCAAGCCGCCAAUAUCGAGCUGGAGGUGCGGGCCACCGGUAUUCUCUCCACCGUGCCAUUUGACAACCAUGUUUUUGGCACCACCGUACCCUGGGGCACCAACGUCGGACCCGGCGUGAUGGCACCAUAUCACCAACAUCUGUUUUCGUUCCGAAUCGACCCUGCGCUAGACGGUUUCCAAAACACAGUGUAUUACGAAGAUAGCGUACCUAUACCAGAAGACGAAUCAAACCCCUAUGGUGUGGGGUACACCACGGAGCAGACGGUCCUGAAAACUAGCGGCACCGCCAACACGAACGUCGAGCGCCACCGCGUGUUCAAGAUCCGCAACGACGCCUGUAUUAAUCCCAUCACGUACAAACCCAUAGCAUACAAGCUGCAGACCUCGCCCAGUCAGAUGCUCUUAGCGAGUCCGCGGUCCUACGGCUCCAGAAGGGCCGUCUUCGCUACCAAGCCCAUCUGGGUCACUCGGUACCAGGACGGAGAGCUCUUUGCUGCUGGUGAAUUCACGAAUCAGAGCAAGGAGAGUCAGGGGUUAGAGAAAUGGGUGGACCGGAAGGAUUCGGUUGAAAAUGAGGAUGUGGUUCUUUGGCACAACAAAACAACCUGGUGGGGCUGUGGCAACCACAUCGCCUCCGUGAUGGAUGCGGUGCCCGAGAGUGAACGCUGCAAUUGCACGCCGCAAGUGGAAAGAGACGGGAAGAUGUAUCCUCCUAAGGCGGAGAAGGCGUGA